AUGGGCAGCUUGGCUCCAGUCACUACCAAUUAUACGGAGGAUAGACGAGAAGCUGACGCUGUCAAGUGUGAGGCAAAAGCCGACGAGCGAACAGUACGCCAUUGUCGAAACUCGUCGGCUAGAUUCGAGAUGGAGGCAAUCAUUUCAAGAAGACUACCAUCGAUUAUUCUGACGAAUAUGUCUGAUCCGGCGCUUCCAUUCCUCCAGCAAAGUUUCGCCUUCAAAGACCAUCGACCGUCGGUUAGAAAGUCAUGCAUGAAUUUUAAAGCUUCGUGGCCGUGGCAUUGGGUCGUUGCCACAAACGACGACGACGGUGACGAGCCAUCGCCUCCUCCGGUCAGCCGACGUUGA